GACAAUGAACACAUGUACCCGCCGCUACCGCUGCCGCAUGAUUUACCCAAGAGCAAUGACCGCAACAAGUGCGAUCAAAAGCCACGACAACUGCUCAAUUGACCUACACUUGUCUGCUUCAAAAUCCUCUCAGAUAGCCAUUGAUCAUGUUUCGAAACCCUGUCAUCCCCGGAUUUGCGCCAGAUCCGUCUGUUGUGCUCGUGGAUGGCAUUUUCUUCCUCGCGACGUCAUCUUUCCAUUUCUUCCCUGGCAUACCCAUAUACGCAUCUGUUGACCUACAGAAUUGGGCACACAUAGCUAUGCCGCUCGACGAUGGCAACACCAUGGUAGCAUCAGGCGGACUCUUUGCACCCACCAUUCGUUACAACGACGGCGCUUUUUACAUCGUCUGCACCAACUGCUAUCACGGCCAUGACAAUUGGAAGACAGACAAUUUUCUGAUUACCACGAGAGAUAUUUGGUCCAACAAAUGGAGUGAUCCAGUGCACUUUUCAUUCUAUGGUAUCGAUCCAUCCUUGUUUUUUGAUGACGACGGUCGUGCCUUCAUUCAGGGAUCUUGGUUAAUAGAUAGAAUGAAGCAGCCGAGCUGUACCAUUAAACAGUUCGAGAUUGACAUCACCAACGGAAAACACCUGAGCGACACGCACGAGAUAUGGACAGGCUUUGCAAAACGCGACACGGAAGGUCCCCACAUAUACAAAAAAGACGGCUGGUAUUAUUUGCUCGUAGCCGAAGGUGGAACUUUUGAGCAUCACAUGCUUUCCAUUGCGCGCGCGAGAGAUAUUUGGGGUCCUUAUGAGUCCUGUCCCCAGAAUCCUAUUAUGACAGCGGACGGCACCGAGGAAUACGUCCAGAACAUAGGGCAUGGUGAGAUCUUCCAAGAUGCCAGCGGAAAUUGGUGGGCAGCAGUACUUGGAGUCCGGGAGAAUAACGGCAAGCAGCCUAUGGGCCGUGAAACUUUCCUUACCACAGUGGACUGGCCAAUAGACGAAUGGCCCGUUAUCCAACAACCACGCAUGUCCUUGGCUAGCACUCGCACUCUCCCAGGUUCGACUCCAGCAUUCCUAGACAAACUUCGCUCAAUACGGCCGAACGUAGCGGAUCUAUAUCUGCACCUUCCAGUGGGAUAUGACGCAUAUUCCUCUCCAACAUGCGUCGUUCUACAGCCAACAAAGAAUGACCUGUCAUCUUCACACGGCACGGCACUACUAGCGCGUCGUCAACGCAGUGUCAACAGCGUUGCCAGUACAACUGUUGGUCUUCCAGCCAACAAGGCCGAGGCUCAAAACGUGGUUGCCGGUCUCACAGUGUAUAAGGAUCCCCUUCGCCACCUCAGCAUUAUCGUUGACUUGGCUACACGCCUUCUUUCCGUAAAUUUCGUUGACGCGUCAAAGGAUUAUACUUUCACAGCUGUAAACCCAGAUCCUAUGCCACAAAGCACGAGGGCAGUGGAAAUGCGCAUUGUUUCAAGUCCAGCGCAAUACGAGUUCACAUAUCGUCUAGAAGAGGGGAAGGAAUGGAUGACAGUGGGAAGCGCAGAUGCUGCUUUACUGAGCGCAAAGGAUUUCACGGGAAGUGUGUUUGGUGUAUUUGCUGUGUGUGAGCAAGGAGAAACGCACACCGCGAAAGUGUCAUUCAGCAAUUUCAUAGUGGAGGAUUAA